AUGUUUGAUAUUGUUCAACAUAAAAAUAUUGGAUUAGAAUUGGAAAUUGCAAAAUAUAAAAGGUUGACAGAAGACUUAAAUAAGAAAUUUAAUGAAGUUAAUAAUAAUUACCAAAAAAAUAUUAAUGGAUGGAAGGAGUUAUAUUAUUACCAAGUAGGAGUUUCGGAAGAAUUGAAAGAAAAAUAUUAUAAAAAAAUAGGAGAUGCGGAAGAAUGGAAAAAAAAAUAUUACGAAGAAUUUAUUAAAAAAAAAAAAAUUCAAGAAAAAAUUCACAUUCCUCUUUAUAUUUUUAACCCUCAAAUAUAUUCUCCUCUUGCACAUUCCCCACUUCAACACUCACCUCAACCUGUACAUACAAUCCCUCAACCUUCUACCUCUCAAACUUCUACAUCUUUCGCUGAAUUCUUGACUCAAGUUGGCCCAUCAAUAAUCAAAGCCGAAGAACAAGAAUUAAAUAAAAAAUGUCAACUAAUUAAUAAUAAAGGGAAAAAUAUACAGUCUGAUGAUGAGUCGAUAAUUGAGUCUCUUUUGAUACAGGUUUCAAUAUUAUCCGAAGAAAAUAAAAGUUUAAGAGAUAGAAUUACUAUAAUUGAACAAAGGUUAUUAGACUUUAAUAAGAUAUUAAUUAAAAAUAAUAUAGUAGAAGUUUUAAAUUUAGAGUAA